CUACUAUAAAACAACCAAAUAAUUCAAUAGAAUUGCAUGGUUAUGGAGAAGAAAUAAUGGAGAAAGAAAUAGCAAUCAUAGGAGGAGGUAUUAGUGGACUCAUUGCAUGCAAAUACUCACUCUCAAAGGGUUUCAAACCAAUUGUUUUUGAAUCAAAAAGUGGUAUUGGAGGAGUUUGGGCCAAGACUAUCAAAACUUGUUGUCUUCAAUCUUCAAAACAAGAUUAUCAAUUCUCUGAUUUUCCAUGGCCACAUUCUGUUCAAGAUUUUCCUACCCAACAACAAGUUAUGGAUUAUCUUAAUUCAUAUGCCAAGCAUUUUGAUUUGGUUAAGCAUAUAAGGUUUAAUCAUAAGGUGAUUAGCAUUGACUAUGAAGGCCCAUCAGAAGAAGAAAUGAAAUCAUGGAGUUUUUGGGGUGGCAAUGGUGAGGCCUUUAGCUCCAAAGGGAAAUGGAAUGUUGAAUUUCAACAUACCCAUACACUUUUCACCCAGGUAUGGCAGGUGGAUUUUGUGAUGGUUUGCACAGGAUGGGCAAGUGAUGUUCCAAAUUUUCCAGAAUUUCCCGUCGGAAAGGGGCCUGAAGUAUUUCACGGCGAGGUGAUACACUCCAUGGACUACUAUGCCAUGGAUCAUCAAUAUGCUUCUCACUUCAUCAAAGAUAAGCGAGUAACUGUCAUCGGCUUUCAAAAAUCUGCAUUGGACAUUGUAAUGGAGUGUGCUACACAAAAUGGAAUUGAAAAUCCAAGUAGAAUUUUAUAUAGAACUGCACAAUGGCACGUUUCUGAUGAUUUUCCGUGGGGAGUGCCGAUAUCAUAUCUAUACUUUAACCGUUUUGCAGAGCUCAUGGUUCAUAAGCCUGGUGAAAGUUUUCUUCUCAGUCUCCUUGCAACAAUUCUUUCUCCUUUGAAAUGGGCAACUGCUAAAUUUGUUGAAAGCCACAUCAAACACAAGCAUGGUUUGGCAAAAUACGGAAUGGUACCCAAGCAUGGUUUUUAUGAACAAAUCAGUUCAUGUUUGCUCACUGUUUUACCUCACAAUUUUUAUGAUAAAGUUGAAGAAGGAAGCAUCAUACUCACAAAAGCUCCUAAAUUUAGCUUCUGCAAACAAGGUAUAAUUAUUGAUGGUCAGGAUCAACCUUUAGAAACUGAUUUAGUCAUAUUAGCUACAGGAUUUAAAGGUGAUCAAAAGCUGAGAGACAUUUUCAAAUCCAAAUCCUUUCAACAAUGCAUAACUACGUCCCUCUACAGGGAAUGUAUUAACCCUAAAAUUCCGCAACUAGCAGUAAUUGGAUAUUCAGAAAGCCUUUCAGACUUGUUUACUUCAGAAAUACGAUGCAGAUGGGUAACAGAGCUUCUUGAUGGAAAGUUCAAGAUACCUUGCAUAAAAGAUGUGGAAAAAGAUGUGAAAAAUUGGGAUAAAUUCAAGAAGAAAUAUGCAGGAGCAGUGUAUAACAAAUCUUGCAUUGCAGGCGUUCAUAUAUGGUAUAAUGAUCAACUUUGUAAAGAUAUGGGAUGGAAUCCAAAAAGAAAAAAAAAUAUUUUAGCUGAACUAUUUGAACCUUAUGGACCUCAGGAUUAUGUUUCACCUUGAAAUUAAUAUAUAGCCUAUGAUAGAGGGUUAUAAUUCAACUAUAUAUUCUCAUGUUCCACUUCACUUUUUAUUGUAAUUUAAACAAAAAAUGGAUUUUCAAAUAAAAAAAUUUACAUGCUUUUUGUUUGUGUC